GGUUGCGCCAGGCAGGAAGGGUGUGUGGAGGCGGGUGCUGCCGGGCUUUAAAAGCCCCAGCUGGGACAGGCUCGCCUUUGCUCUCGGCCACCUUGCCGUCCCCAUGGCCCCUGCCGUGCCGCUGGCUCUGCUGGCCCUGCUGGCCAGGGGGCUGGGGCUGGGACUGGCCCUGCCCAGCUGUGACUACCCGACCCACCUCUGGUGCAGCUCACGGGAGAUCACCGUUGCUUGCCAGGCGGAGAGCCACUGUGCCAACAUCUCGCGCCCGACAGCCGCUCCCGUGCAGCUGAGCCUGUACUACGAGAGCCUGUGCCCGGCGUGCCGGAGCUUCCUGGUGCAGCAGCUCUUCACCACCUGGCUGCUGCUGCCCUCCGGGGUCCUGAACAUCACCUUGGUGCCGUAUGGCAACGCACAGGAGGAGAAGGUCUCUGGGAAGUGGCAGUUCCAGUGCCAGCACGGCUCGGAGGAGUGUUUGGGCAACAUGCUGCAAGCCUGCCUGAUGCACGAGGCCCAGGACUUCACCACCUACUUCCCGGUCAUCUUCUGCAUGGAGUCGGGCACCUCGGCCACCAAGAACCUGAAGGCUUGCCUGCAGGUGUACGCCCCGGAUCUGGACGCGGGCCGCAUCACCGCCUGCGUGCAGGGGGACCUGGGGGCCAACCUGAUGCACCUCAACGCCCAGCUGACGGAUGCUCUCGACCCGCCGCAUGAAUACGUCCCCUGGGUCGUCAUCAAUGGGAAGCACACGGAUGAGCUGCAGGAGCAGGCCCAGAGCUCGCUGCUGAGGCUGGUGUGCCAGCUGUACCAGGGGGACAAGCCCGAAGCUUGCAAGGACACGGCGGGCUCGAAGCCCAGGGCUGUCUGUAGGCGCUGAGGUCUGGUCAGCAGAGGAUGCAGGCGGCAGGGAGCACCGCGCUGCGAGCGAGGAAUAAAGAGAAUCGUUGUGUGCGGAAACAAAAA